AGCAAAUGCAUACAUGUUUCUGGUAUAAGUAAAUCAUGCGGUUCUCUAAUUUCUCCAUCACAGGUUUAUUAAUAACGAUUGCCGUAAUGUUGUUCGCAAAUGUGCAUAUAUUAGAGGCCGUUUUUCUACCAAAGCAACAAAGGAAUGUCUCAUCUACAAAGGUAUUAGAAACUUUAGGAGAAAUUUUUCGUGGCCAGGAAAAUUAUUAUCAUCAAAAGCUGCAACUUGUUCAAAAUGUUGAAGAACUUAUAUAUGAUGUUCAGACAUUGAAAAAUGAAGUAGCUCGACUGAAGGAAGAAAAUGUAAAUAUUCAGACGAAUUUUGGAAAUUCUUCCGAAGCAUUGGCGAAAAAUGAAGGUGCGCUUUAUACACGGUGGGGAAGAAGUGAAUGCCCAGAGAAUGAAACAGAACUUGUUUAUCAAGGUUUUGUAGGAGGUAGCUAUUACUUACAUCAGGGUGGUUCGGUUAAUUAUAUCUGUUUACCGUACGAUCCCACCUGGGGGAAGUACAAUGACGUCUUGAAUAAUGACAAUCAGAAUCUACACGGUGUCGAGUACGCAGGAAAUAGUAUUAAUAUAUCUGGAACUCCAUUUGAUGGACAGCUACGAGGACAUGGUGUCCCUUGCGCUGUUUGUCGGAGCACCAAGCGAAGAUCAGUUUUAAGAAUUCCAGGAAGAAAUAAAUGUUACAAUGGCUGGCAUCUGGAAUACGCUGGCUAUCUUAUGGCUGACAAAUUUACACAUGCGUCAGCCACCGAGUAUGCAUGUGUGGAUGAAUUUCCAGAAAAGUCUAGGACAGGUCCCGUUUCCAAAGGUGGUAAAUACUUCUAUCCGGUAGAAGCACAUUGUGGAUAUUCCUUACAGUGUCCGCCAUACGUUCAUGGACGAGAAAUUACUUGUGCAAUUUGUACAAAAUAGGAUGCAGCUUUCAUUCUAAAAUUGAGUCGCAAUGAGCCGUAUUUUCAAUCUUUCUGUUAUUGCAUUUGUCUGGUUUUUAUUUUAUUGUCAAAAUUUUCCAUGAACUUUUGAUGGGUAUUUUAUACCAGAAGUGCUAUUCUCGACAGUUGUAGGGAAUGUUUUGUUUUGGAAAAAAAUAAAUGAAUGUAUUAGAAUAAAAGAUUAAUCUUAAUAUAUAGUAUAUCGAAAUAGCAACUUUAAUGUAUAUACUAGAUAUAUCAGUCACAAAACGUGCAUUUUUAUCGCAAAAUAAAUAUCCACUGAUUUAU